AUGGGAGGGGAAGUGUCCAAGAGGUGCAGCAGCGUCGAGGCACAGGCAACGGCCACAUGGGAGGACCUGGAUGCCGAUCUCCUGGACGACGUGGUGCGAAUUCUGAGGAAAAGUGGCUCCAGGCGGUGUGUGGGUACGCUUAGGGCCACCUGCAGGGCAUGGCGGGGGCGGAUCGACUUUGGCAUGCUCCACCUGACCCUGUGGCGAAGGCCGGGCUCCGCCUCCCCACCCUUCUCCAGGGUGUUUCCCAACCUCCUUGGACUGGAGCUGCGGUGUGAGCGCAGCGCUGGGCUCCAGACCAACGCCCUGGAGGACGUCUUCAACCUGCGGCACCUGAGGGAGCUGGACAUUUCGCGUUGCUGGGACUGUGUCACCUCAGGCUUCAGCAACCUUGGCAGCCUGGCUCGCCUGCAGAAGCUAACACUGAACGGAGCAGAGUUUGCAGCACUGGGGGAGACGAUGGCAUCGAGCCCAGGGGCUGCGGAGGGUGUUUCCCGAGUGUCCUGCCUGGUUCUGCGGGGCUGCGAGAGUGUGAGCGACCAUCAUCUGUCAGUGGUCAAGGAGUUUAGCUCACUCUCAAGGCUGUUGCUCAUCCGGGCAAAGGGUUUGACAGCACAGGGGCUGCAGUGCCUCACCAUGAUCACCGGCCUGAGGGACCUGUCGCUGACGGCAAUCGAGAAUUUGAACUCUGCAGACAUCGGCUGUCUGCAACGGUUGUCGUCAUUGACAAGCCUGAGGCUGUACAGGCUGGGGGUCAAUGACAACUGGUGUGCAAGGAUCCAAUGCCUCUCGUCCUUGAAGCGAUUGUCACUGGCUGGUUGCGAAGGCGUGACAGACGCAGGGUUGAGAGCUGUGGCCAGCCUGCCAGAGCUGUCCUCCCUGCGGAUAUGCUGGCAGCAGAAUCCAGAGAUCAGUUUGAGUGGCAUCACACAGCUGGGGGAGCUGCCGAAUUUGAAGCGCCUUGAGCUCUUCCAGUGUGGGGACAUGGAUGUGGAUGUUGUCAAGGCGCACUUUGAUGUCGAUGUUGGCGUUCGAAUCAUGCCUGCACCUGAGAAGUUGAUGCUGGAUCACUACAACGCACAUGACAUCGAUGCCAUGGAGCAGCUACUUGAGUCUGUCCAGGAGCCGGAUGCAAAGGAGGUCCCAGUGCCUGGCUGCUUUACCCCCCAUCACCUCAUGAUUCACGCUGCAGACAACUGCCAACUCGGUGUCCUGAAGCUCCUGGCAAGGUUUGGAGCGGAUGUUGACUAUGGCGACAGUCUGUUCCCCAUGCCAAGGACCCUCGUGGACUGCAGUACUCCACUCCAUUUCGCUGUGUACCAUGGCGACACAGAGGUGGUCAAGGAGCUGGUGAACAGUGGCGCCAGGCUGGACGCCCACUGCACUGAAGACUACCGGACGCCACUGCACUUUGCCUGUGUUGGGGGCGACCUGAAGCUCGUGCGCUGCCUGCUGGACGCGGGCGCGGGCGUGGACAGGUCUGAUGACUUUGGGCGCACGCCCCUGUACGCUGCGGUGCAGUGGGGCCGGAAAGACGUCAUACGGGAGCUCCUCAGGAGGGGCGCAGACCCUGAGAAGAGGGACCUGAACAGCCACACCGGUCUGCACUUCGCCUGCAAGGUCGGCAACCUCGACUUGGUGGAGUUCUUGGUUUCACUCGGGCUGGACGUGGACAGUGGUGCCCGAUACGGCCUGCCCACCCCCCUGCAGACUGCGGCGGAGAACGGACAGCUGGCCGUUGCCAAGUUUCUGCACCGGCGUGGGGGAAGCCUCAACGAGACGCCCUUGUUUCUGGCGGCCAAGCGAGGUCACCUGGAGACCGUGCAGUACUUGCUGCACUACUUUAGGCAGGUCAGAUCCAGCGAGGUGCUGCGGACUGAGGACGGGGAUGGCAAGACACUGCUGCACUACGGCGCGGAGCACGGCUGGACAGGCGUGGUGGAGGAGCUUUUGAGCAAAGAGGUCAACCACCCAGUGAACAAGGGUGACCACGAUGGGUUCGCACCCCUGUACUACGCGGACAGGAACGGCCACAAGGACAUCGUGCGCCUGCUGUCCAAACGGGGCGGCCUGGCCAGGUGGCUCAGUCGACCGCCCCUGUACAAGUGCACACGGUGGAGGAACGGUUGCAGUCGCUGA